CGCCCAUUAUCCGUGUCUUGGUUAAAUAGCGUGGCGCACAUGCGCAGUGCGUCCUCAGCGGUACGACCUCUGCAGCCGGAUUCGGGUUCCUGUUGACUGAAGAAAUCAGAGACAAAAUGUUCGCCUGCGCUAAAUUCGUGUCCUCCUCUGCACUGGUCCGCUCUGGCUCCAGGGUGCUUUACAGACCUCUCUCUGCCGCCGUGCUCUCCAGGCCAGAUGGCAGAUCAGCAGAGGCCAGCCCAGUCCUGCCACAGAGUGCUGUAUCCCAGCUCACACUGAGGGGCUUCCAGACCAGUGCUGUGAGCCGUGACAUCGACACAGCCGCAAAGUUCAUCGGCGCCGGAGCCGCCACUGUGGGAGUGGCCGGAUCGGGAGCCGGAAUCGGAACAGUGUUCGGAAGCCUGAUCAUCGGAUACGCCAGGAACCCGUCUCUGAAGCAGCAGCUGUUCUCCUACGCCAUCUUGGGAUUCGCUCUGUCUGAGGCCAUGGGUCUGUUCUGUUUGAUGGUCGCUUUCCUCAUCCUGUUCGCCAUGUAAAGUCUGCACCGUCGUUUCUCUCCUCCUCUCCUCUGCGUCUCACACCGGCUCCCGGUUGUGUGUUGGUGUCGGGACAGUUGUAAAUUUUCCAGGUUUUUGUUGUGGAAGGCUGACAGACUAAACAACAUGUAUUGUAAAAAUGUAUUCAAUUACAGCAUUAAAAUACAUGUUUCACUAUUUAA